UUGCCCUUUGUUUCUCGUAGCAACAGCCCAAAGCCUUCGCCUGGUAAUGGGACAGCGUAGAACUCCACAGCAAAGAAGUGCGAUAGAGAUAUCUAACAAUCGCACUGGUUAGACUACCCUUUAGUGCGUGUAUUAUUACAGAAACAGCGCUACUCCUUUUCAUUGGGAAGACAUGGGUCCGCUACCGACAGGGCCUCGCAGUGUACACAUUCUCAAGAGUCAUGGGCCAGAUACAAACAUGAUGAAGUUUUAUGUGACACAGAACUCAACCACAUAUGGAAAAUACUGGGACAAAUUUAAGCCACGAACUGGUCACCAUAAAGGCACUGGAUAUUCUGCUAACUUGAGACCACAGGUGUUUUACAGCACAAAUCUGGAUGAAUAUGACAAUCCUGUGAUGAAGAGAAUAUGCUCAGCCAAUUACCACACAGUGACAGAACUAUCAUUCCAGCCAUAUGAAGGUGACACUGGAAAAGAACCCUUGCCUAACAGUGUACACCAAGUCAAGACAGGUUUUGUGAGGCAAGACCCUCUCCACUUUGCAACAUCCAAAGAGGUAAAAGGAGUAUUCAUUGACACUCGUGCUGCAAGUGCCCCUGCAAACAUUCUGCCAUGUUAUAAGCCUUUGCUACAGAAGAUCCAGCCUAAAGACCCAACAGAACUGGAAAAUCAUGGUUAUGGUCCUAACUACAUGGUUACAGAAACCAAGCAGAAGUUUUUGGGGAAGCAGAACCCACUUGACUGUGAUUUGCAGUGCAUGACCUUGGGGCCUAACACUAAAAGUGGAUUUACACAUAACCUGAAUGUUGAGCCCAUUACUUACACUCCAAAUAAUCCCUACCUUGGUGACAAACCUGACUGGUUCACAGAGAGACCUACAGGUAUCAGCAUAACGCAGACAAGUUUUAGGCCUUGGCAGCUUUCUAAGGGAAACGAACCAUUUGAAACUAUUGCUAAUCCCUCAGAGCGGGGAUCUGGUUUCACAAAAGAGGCGGUAAAACCUGUGUUUCUUCACAGACGUUUGGGUGAUGCAUAUGACAAAUUAGAAGAUAUACCAAGAUUAAAAGCAAAAGAUGUACAGAAGAAUGACCCAAUUGAGUAUCUAAACAUGAUACAUCCCAACAAUUUUUCAAGUACACACACAGAUCAGUUUAAGGGACAGCAAAGGCCCACUCCUUCUGUGCCUGACCGACUGAACACCACCAAGGUGGGCUGGCAGGAAUUAUCAGGCUGCAGUCAGAAUAACAGCCGUUAUGUGUUGUCAGCUGAUGACCCGGACCACUACAUUACCAAUUAUAUGAUAAGGUUUCAAGAUGAAAAUCCAAAGGGCAGAGAUCGUCUAGGACACACUCGUGGUGCUGUCCAAAGACAGAAGAGUGAUGGCUAUACUAUGAGUACUCGCACACAUUCUUUUGGUCCAGACAUCAACACAACACGGGAAUUACGGUCUCUUGAACCCUAUGUGGCAAGGAGCAUUAAAGGAAGAGAUCCAUUCUACGACGACCACACCUACGACAGCAAAAAUCACAAGUGUACAGUGAUGGCCUAGGCAAUAUCAUUUUUAGGCCAUCUUUUGGACCAGUGCAUUUAACCACAAAUGAUCAGCAACACAAACUCACCUGAGUGUUAUUGUCGGCCCACAAAAGUCUACCCAACAAAUGACUGAUUUUUAUGUGCUUCAAUAUAGAUGUUGAAUAAUGUGAUGACAUCUGUUUGCUGCACCAAUGAUGAACGCCACACAAUUCAAUUGCUAAACUUUAUACUUCUGAUGGUAUAUAACAUCACGCUCAUAUGACAACACAGACUCUUCAGACAAUCUAUUCUGCAAACACUGAGCAACAGUCUGAGCAUUUAAGCCCUUGGUCAACAUGCAAGAAUGACUUUCAUUCUAAAUGUUCUAGUGUACACAGAAUUGAUUAUCUUUUUCUUUUUAGGCUUUGUGAUGCUUUAACUAAAUUGAGGUAAGAGGAUGAGAAACAGUGGCAUGCAACACAUUCUUCAACCUAAUUGUUUUGCACAUGCAGCACCAGCACAUUAGGCUACAAGAGUUUGAUAAGACUUGCACAUAAAUCUAACACUUAUAUAUACAAAUUAUAAUAUUCUUUGAAUAUUGAUUUUUCUUAUGCUUUUAUUAGGAGAACAGAUCAAUAAUAAUAUCUGGUGCUUUUUAGUUUAUUAUAUGAAAGGUUUCCUCCUCCUACCCUCUGAAGAAAUAAAAUGGUCAUCUGGCAUCACAAAUAUUUUGAUCUCAAGAAUAGAAGGCUUGAACAAUUAGAAUAAAUGCUCAGCUAUCAACUAAUUAAAUGCAUACUUUACAAUUUUUUUGUAUGCUUAUAAUCUUUUUACAUUUUAUACAUUGUGCAAAGGGUUAGCGAAACAAGUUGUUGUAAUACAUUAUUUUUUUUUAUAUCUUUUAAAGCUAUGGUUGGCUGCUUUUAUAAUAAAUAAGUCAUCCUGCACCCCAUCAUCUAGAUCACUUUACAUACCCUUCAUAUGUAUGAAGCAAAAUAAGAAAUGCCUUGUGCAGAUUGUAUUUUACCACCCUGUCUACAGGUUAGUAUAUAUACAUUGAAAGAAAUCUUAAUAAAGAGUGUCCCCCUCUGUCACAUUGUUUUGUCUCUAGAGAGCAUCAUUGUUAGUCUAUAAAACUAAUGUAUUUUGGAAUACCCAAUUUUUACUUCAAAGUUACCUCUAACCUUCAUUUGAUAAACAAAAUUAAAAAAAAACCAUGGAUAUGUCGACAAGAUGAAUACUGAUUAUAAAGACAUGAAUGUUAAUGCAUUGAUAUUUUUUACAGAAGUUUUCCUUAAUAUUUUCAUCAACAUUAUCACAAUCACUGAGAACUUCAACUGGUAUUUCUGCAAACAGCUUCUUCAAACAUUUGUUAUUGCCAGAUGUGUGAAAAAAUGUUGGUGCUACUAUGAAUGAACAUAUCUUGUUAGGAGCAUAGUAGUAACAGCUACAUUCUAAAUACUUAUCAUCAUUUGUAUACGAGUCAUACAAACACUGUCAUUAUUUUGUCUCAAGUAUUCCCCAAUUUACAAUUAGGAACUUGGCAUUUCUCCCCCUCUCUCUGCUUCACACAUCAGAAGAAGUGUCAGUGGUGUGUGUGAUGUCGUAGUUGUGCACGAUUAUUCUUGAUGUUAGUUUAUAUUAUGUAUAUGUCAUUUGGUUUUUUUCAUUGCUGCUAUUUUUCAUGUUGACAUCUUUUAAUGCUGCACCUUGCAAACGAACUUAAUUCUUGCUUUUAUUUCUAACUUUUACUUUGUAACUAGAGCACCUUCCCAUGUUCAAAUUGCCCACUGGGACAAAUAAAGUUGAUCAUUGUCAUUAU